CGCAUAGAAAACGGGUGACCCCAUACAGUCUCUCAGGUACCACUACUACCUAACAGAAGGGCUUCAGUAUACCAUCCAGAGUGCGUGGGGUGGGACAAUACGAUAAUCGCAUUUCUACACCGCUGCCGUACAUGGGACGAUAUGGCGAUGAAAUUCUUGAUAAUCUCGGUGGCACUGCUUGCCGCCUGUGAAGCCAUAAUUGACGAGACAGGCUGCCCUGACGCCUUCAAAAAGAGAUGCCACUGUGGGAUGGCCUUUUCGACCUACGACAACUUCAAAGAAAGGAAGUUUACCGUCAACUGCACAAACACUGGGUUCAGUUCGGCUGAUAUGCUGACGUAUUUGCCUGAGCAUACUGAAGUGCUAAUCUUCACUGGAAAUACAAUUGAAACACUGCCAGCUAAUAUCUUGGAUAACUUCAAGGAGUAUGAGAAUCUAGAAACAAUAGAUAUGUCCAACAAUGAUAUUCGUUUCAUUCAAGGAAAGACAUUUCAUAAGGUGUACAAUGUGAGGACAUUAAUUCUAAACCACAAUGACAUCGACAUAACCGAAGACAAGGCAAGGCCCAGGAUCUUCAGCAACUUUGAAAACCUUGAGCGGCUACAUCUGACAAAUGCCUUUACUGAAAAAGUCAAUGCUUCUCUGUACUUGCAGAACCUUGAAGACGUUUUUUACGAGAGCGACUUAGAGUGUCUGAAAGUUCUACAUCUUGAACAGAAUGAGAUUCGGUCCAUUGGCAAUAACGAGAAAGUUUUCUGUCAGCUGCCAGACUUAGAACAAUUGCUUCUGGGUGACAACAGGCUGCAAGACCUAGAUUUUCGUAUUGACUGCCUUCCCAAUCUACGUUAUAUUGAUCUUGAAAGGAAUAUGAUUUCAAGGCUGUCCAAACCAGCUAUGUCAAAGUUGGACAACUUCACCAAAAACAAGAACAAUUCGAAACUCCAGGUGAAAUUGAGUGACAAUCCUUUCAACUGUGACUGUCGAGCAUCUGACUUCUACCAUUGGCUCAAAUCAAGCAAAUCAAGCAAAGUGGAUGUCAUAGAUUGGGAUAAAUAUGACUGUAUUGAUGGAUAUCCGCAGGAGAAUGUGGGCCUUAAUUUCAGCAUGGUGCAUGAUCUUCGCUGCCCAGAAACAGGGACUUCAAAUGUCGUCAAGAAACACGUUCCAGACCCGAGCAGUUCGUACCAAUACAGCAAGGAGAGCAGUGAGCACAUUGCUCGACACUCAUCAGUCACUAUUGGAGUUCUGGCUUUUUUCUUGGUGUUUACAACAUCAAUGCUAUUUGCUGUAGCAUACUUCCAGAGGCAAAAGGUGAAAGGUAUAAUUAUGCCUUACUGGGAUUUUAUUACCAGGAAGAUUGGAUACGUUGGGAUCUCAAAUGAAGAGGCACCGCAAGAGGUUAAUGUAUAGAUACUUUAAAUUGAAAAAGAACCUCUGUUAAUAUCUUUUUAUUUUUGUUUUAUAAUACAUUGUACAUAUAGCUUUUUUAUACUGAUGACCACGUCAGAAUGAAUGGGUUUUGAAGCGAUAAACAUGUACAUAACAUAUACGUCCAGUGUAUGUAAGUGGUAAUCCUGCUAUAACUGGGUAAUAUCUAUGGUGAGGAAGUUGGUUAAAAAAUGUGAAUUUAAGCAUUUUUUCAUUUCGUAGAAAGUAAAAUAACUGGGUCAAAAUAAUUUUUGCACAAAAACAUCAUGUGUUUAGUGAGAAUGAAUAAGAAUAAUUAUUUUUUUGUUUUUACUAUAUGAAAGGUUGUGUACAGUACAGUACAGAAAUGCGCUGUACAUGUAUAUAUUAAAAAUAGACUACAGCUUACACUUAAAUAUUUUUUUAUGGUUAUUGAUGUCACAGAUUAUUUUGCUAUUUUUACAAAGAUAAAUAAUACACAUUCUUUUAAGAUUUCUGGUAAAUCUAAGGAAAAAAAAAAAAACUAGUUCCGUAGUUUAGCAUUACAACUGACUGCUCUUGCUUUCAGCACAGGAAUGCUGGACAUCAAGUCCACACUUUGUGACACAACUUGACCAGAAAAAGCUUACAGCAGAAUAUGAUUAGACCAACUUACUUGCACAGAUAACUUGAGAAACUAUUUCAUGUGCUCUAAAUGCAGAAAUGAUCGUUGACACUUGUAUAUCGAACAUACUGAUGGUGCAUGCUACUGUCAGGACAUUUAAGCAUUACUUAAAUACUAUUUGGAGUCAGUUUUAUAGUACUUAUUAUGUAUCUGUUUCUCUGACAGAACACUCAUCUUGUUUCACUUUCUGCUGUGAUGAGAGUAGUACCAGCAUGUAUAGAUUUGGUGCUGAUUUCAAUGCAAAACAGUGUAGUGGUAUUUUUUCUUCUUGAAUGCUGAGGUAACCCUCCAUUUAUUUAAUAUUCCCUUUGAAUCUGUCUACAGAUCAAUUCAGCAGCAUGAAUAUGCUUAUGCCAUGAAAAAGGGCUAAAGCCACAGCACUGAAUGAUCAUACUAAAAAAUACAUUCCAAAUAUAAUUAUAACUCAUCACACAUGAUGUUUCAUACUGAAAUGAUCUUUUACAGACAGUAUGUAUAGUGCCAUAGUUUUAGACUGCUUUCUAAAUACACAACUACUUAAUACCAUCUAUAUCACAAUAUUGCUUUCACAAAAUACUUAUCUCUAAUUUGAUUUGAAUGGAGGUGUUACUAGUCAAAUUAAAAUCACAUAAAAUGCAAUAAGUAACUUGGAAUUGCUUACGUUUGGGUUCACUAGAUACUUUUUUGUGAUUCACUGCUAAUAUGCUUUAAAUCACAUCUUUAUAUUGCAAUUAUUAUACAGAUUACCUUAAAUACUAUUGCAGUUUUCAGUCUUUCACCUAGAUCUUUGUGCUAUUGUUACCUUAUUUUUACGGUGAAAUGUAUUAUUUUUUGUAAUAUACUAUCAAUAAUGCAAAAUUAUUCCAUUUAUUCUAAAAAGACUUAGAAUACUAAUAGAUUUUAAGACUCUUUAAACUUACUAGUUACUGGUUACAAAAUCGUGUUUGUCACUAAAGAUGAGAUUUGUGUUGUUAGCAUCUUUGUUGUUUGAUUAAAGAAGCUUUUGCUUCUACAUUCCAUUAGAUUUAGGAUCAUUAUACCAAAUCUACAUUACUUUGCACUGGAAUUUGUGCAUUUGUAAUUGUUGACUGAUAUUUUAUUCAGUAGCUCUAAGGAGCAACAGCAGCAGCACAGCCAUGUUAUAGUAUUCCAUCUUUGGAGUCACAUUAAAGUGAAAAGAAGGUUGUGGCAUUUUCUAUAUAAAUAAUUAGCAUAUUUUACAAACUUAUAAUGAUAACUUUUCAGUGGUCAAUUUUAAGAAUUCAAUAUCUUUAUAAUUUUUGUGGUUUCUAUUCAAGGAUGGAAGCUAACGGUUAUAACUUUUAAGUUAUUUGUUAAGUUUUGAAGCAGAUUUACAUAUGACAAAACAUAAUAUUAAUGAAACUGGGUUGUACGCUUGAAAUAAUAAUAACGUUAUUAAACUAUAAUCAAA